AUGUUUCUGGAAGACAAACGCUACCCUAUGCCUGUGGCCGAAGACAUUUUUGCCAAACUCAACGGAGGAAAAUUCUUUUCGAAACUCGACCUGAAAUCAGCAUACAAUCAACUUUUGCUUGACGAAGAAUCGAAGAAGAUGUUGGCUUGGAAGAUCCUGGAGCUGUUGCAAGAUUGCCCUGGAUAUGUCAACUUUCUGGAUGAUGUGCUGGUGAUCGGAGCAACUAUCGAGGAACACCUUAACAAUCUAUCGAGAGUAUUAGAGAAGCUUUGGGAUGCUGGAUUCCGGCUCAACAAAGAGAAAUGUGAAUUCAAGCAACGACUCAAAUUUUUGGGACACAUCGUGGAUGGAGACGGUCUCCAUAAAGAUCAGGAGAAAGUUCGAGCGAUUAUGGAUGUGGCGAGACCAGGAAACGUGAAACUACUACGAGAAUUUCUUGGAAUGGUUACGUACUACUCGAAGUUCAUUCCGAACGUAUCAGCUACACUUAGCCCAAUGUAUCGGCUGUUGAAGAAGGAUGUGAACUAUGAAUGGACUUCCGACUGCGAGGCUGCGUUCCAGGAUAUCAAGCUGAUGAUUUGCUCGGACAACGUGUUGAUUCCAUACAAUCCUGAUUGGCCGGUAGUAUUAGUUACUGAUGCUUCUGGCAAAGGCAUUGGCAUUCCGGAUAUGGUGUUCGGCAAGCUGCAGCGCUGGGCAGUGUUGCUGGCCAAUUAUGAUUACGAGAUCAAAUACAUCAAAGGAGACAGCAACAAGGGGGCCGAUUUUCUAUCAAGAUCUCCGGUAUUGUGCUGUGAAGACGACGAUAUUAACGUUGAAGAAGCGAUAUACCUGCAGUUCAUGGAAUUUGAAACAAGAUCGUUGGUAGAACGGAAGCAGUUAAUUGUUGAAACUCGACGAGAUCCUGCCCUGAGUCGUGUUGUGAACUACGUCAAGACUGGAUUGUCAACCAAUGUACAAGACCCAGAGUUGAAGAAGUUCUUCGUCCGCAGAACAGAGCUAAUUGUGGAAGAGGAAGUACUGAUGUGGGGUUACCGUAUCGUGGCACCUGCGAAACUUCGGACGAUCCUGCUUCAAGAAUUGCACUCAACGCAUAUGGGGAUCGUGAAGAUGAAGUCGUUGGCGAGGAAUUACUUCUGGUAG